AGUGACUCCAGGCCCUGACUGAUACCUGCAGCUCACCCUUGGGGAGGUGGGGCGCCAAACCUGAGGGCAGGAGAAGCUGGCCCAGAGGGGAGGAGGGGCCCUCCAGCUGGUCUGUGGGGGUCGGGAAGAACUGAGAUCCCAGGGGCCAGCCUCCUGAUCGAGAAGGCUACAGCAGCUCCAUCCUCUGUGCUUGGGUAGCCUAGCAAGAGGCUGGCAGCCCCGCCGCGGCUGUCUGCAGUCUCACUGGCCGGGAAGGUGGACACCUCACACCUCAGUCUCCCAAUUACGCCCUCCUCCCCCUCCUCCUCCCCCCUCCCUUCCCUCUCCCCUCCUCCUCCUCCCCUCUCUCUCCCCUUCUCCCCCCUGAAAACCUGUGGCUUGAAGAGACCUUGGCUUCUCUGGGACUCUAACCCUGGGGACUGCCCACAUCUGCUCCUGAGUUUGGGGGCAGGGAGGCAACCGCCCCAAGAACUCUCUCCGGGAUGGGAGCCACCCGCCUGCUGCCCAACCUCACUCUGUGCUUGCAGCUUCUGAUUCUCUGCUGUCAAACUCAGGGGGAGAGUCACCCGUCUCCUAAUUUUAACCAGUACGUGAGGGACCAGGGUGCCAUGACCGACCAGCUGAGCAGGCGGCAGAUCCGUGAGUACCAGCUCUACAGCCGGACCAGUGGCAAACACGUGCAGGUCACCGGGCGUCGCAUCUCCGCCACUGCUGAGGACGGCAACAAGUUUGCCAAGCUCAUCGUGGAGACGGACACGUUUGGAAGCCGGGUGCGCAUCAAGGGCGCCGAGAGCGAGAAAUACAUCUGCAUGAACAAGAGGGGCAAGCUCAUCGGGAAGCCCAGUGGGAAGAGCAAAGACUGCGUGUUCACUGAGAUUGUGCUGGAGAACAACUACACGGCCUUCCAGAAUGCCCGGCACGAGGGCUGGUUCAUGGCCUUCACGCGACAGGGUCGGCCGCGCCAGGCCUCCCGCAGCCGCCAGAACCAGCGAGAGGCCCACUUCAUCAAGCGUCUCUACCAGGGCCAGCUGCCCUUUCCCAACCACGCAGAGAGGCAGAAGCAGUUCGAGUUUGUGGGCUCGGCCCCCACCCGCCGGACCAAGCGCACUCGGAGGCCACAGCCCGUGACAUAGUCGGGGACGCCCCGGGGGCAGCGCCCCUCACCAGCCUUCCCGUCCCCUCCUCUUCCUAAUCCAAAGACUUUGGGGUGGAGGGAGGGGAGCCAGAGCCCCCAGCUGGAGGGGGCAGGACUUCCGCAAACCAGAGCUGGCGCCUGGGGUGGGAGUAGGCCCCCUUGGGGCGGGCAGACCCAGGAGGGAACCGUAGGUGCCCUGAGCAGGUGGGCAGGUCAGCAGAUGCCAGGCCUCCCAGACACUCUCUGGGGGCGGCUCUGCUCAAAUUCUCCCCCUGUCGCCCUCAGUCAGCCCGGCCUCCAGAUUCCUCCCGGCCAGACUGUAGGAAGGGGCUCUCGUUUUUUGUUUCAGGAAAAAAGGAGGGAGAAAAAAAGAGGGUUGGCCAUUCUUCACCUUCCACUACCCAGGCCUGCACCCCACCCCCAACUCCCAGCUCCAGAAUAAAACCGUUUUCC